AUGCGGAAGGCUCUGUUCAGUCUCGGGGCCAUGUUCUUCGAGUCACGCCUCUGUCCCGACGGAGUUUCCGCACAGAACCUGUUGGGCGUUGCCAUAAAGGUCGUGACAACCCAAGACCAUCUUCCAAUCACAUCCAAAUCUUCGGCCGAUUGGUGUCGCACGCGGAAGCCUCUGUCUUCCCAGGCGGAGCAGCUCGCUGGCUUGGCCUUUCUGAUAGAUGGCGCGCUGUCGUUUGUUCCACUGAUGCACGACCACAAAUUCCUCGACGAUGCGGCAGCUUGUUCAUCACUCGACUUCGCCCUGAGGAUCUUUGCAGACGACUUCGACCUUAACACAUGGCACUUGAAAGAAUACACAACAACCAUUGCGAACGGCGGACUGACGUAUUCCGAGGGUGGACUGUGGGAUGCUCAUGGGGCCAUGGUUGCUUCCAUGACCCAGCACAACAUCCUGAGGCCCAAGAAGGGUACGGGAGCAAAUCUCUAG